AGCAGCUACCAUUAUUAGGCGCUCCGCUUCCCACCAGCCGCAUCCCCGCUCCUCCUCCUUGCCCUCAGCCCCUCCGUGUUUCUCGACAAGAUCCGGAUCGCCACCUCCCCAGACCUCUAUCUGACAGUCUAAAUAGCCCUGCUGGCCCUCAACUUCGUGGUGUAUCCCUCUGCCCACCAACCCCCCUGUCGCGCGCGGCUUCAUUUUCUGUCCGUGCCGCGGUGUUCCCGGAGACCGCACACAGUGCGCUCAAAAAGGCUCAUCGCCCGCCUCCACGCAGCCCCACGAAGCGCUUCGGGCCCGACUCUGGGGAAACCAAGAUCGGCCUCCUGGGCGAAUAAGCCAAGGUAGACAUUCCCUCCACCCAAUAUCUGGUACCCAACAACACGCCUUGUCACCGACAGCGACUCCGUCGCGGGAAAUUUACGCGCAGUACUCUGAUACAUGCGCUCAAGGCCCUGUCUCUCCUCCACCGCAUCCACGCUUCACCCAGCCCGCGUUGUUGUCUAAUCUAGGCCGGCCUUUAUUUGCCUCGCACCUCAGUCGAGCACACCUCUGCCUCAUUCGCCUGCAGUGGACACACGGAGAAAGUGGGAAGAACCAAGGCAAAAACUCUAAAAGCGCAGCAGAAAGUCUCGUGGCCUGUCUCACAGCAUCACCACCAUCACCACUGACAGCGCAUUGGUUUUCCCUCGGGACAUUCCGACUGUGCUACUUGCCAGCGAGAGCAAGCCUCCCUCUCAUUACAUACUGCCUUUUUGUGUUCUCUCCUCUCGACCGGAUCGCCUGUGAAGCGAUACAGUGCCUCACUGCAGGUACCUGCUGGCGCUGGGGCCAUCCGUCAUUACAACUCGCCUGCUCCCCGUUUAUGCUGCGCUGCCUGGCCAGACUACCUUGCCUGCCCAGCAUCCCGUCCCUCCUUGAGCAGCGGGCAGCUCCCCCCUUUGUGUGCGGCCACCUACACUGGGCGACCCCGGCACCCACGCAACCACCCGACCGGCCUCACCCACCCCGUUCACUGAGGAGCGGCGGCUUGCCCCCUAGGUAGCCCCCCCCUGCAGGAGAGCGUGCCGCGCCCUCCACUCCAACAAACCGAGUCGCCCACCCCAGUGCCCGCACUGCACCACACCGCACCGCACCGCUGCCAUCUUAGGUACAUUAGUACAGACGGACGGGAGAGCUGGGGGGUGACUGCCAGCAGGCUCCCCAUCGUGCCCCCCCCCUCUUCCGGCGCAUCGCUCCCGCCACCGCGAGUCCCGCAGGACCCUCCAGUCUCAACCUCACCUUCCGUCAAUCUCAGACUCCCGACAGGCCAGCCUCUGCACCACCCCCGGGGUCUCGUGCUGAUCGCCGCCCACUCCCCCGCUUUCUGGCCUCGUUCGACGCCCGCUGUUCGUCUUUUCCUCUCUCGCCUGCUCCUGGCAGCACACGCGCGCGACGUCCUAGGCCGCUCUUCUUCUCGACCUCUCGUUGCCAUUCAUUUACCUGGUGCGCGACGCUCGACCCUCCUGGCCUCAGCUGACUUCCGUCGUCGCCGCGUCCCGCUCGCGAGCAAGGCCUGAAUCAAAGGCCAUCUCACCUCACUCGCCACCCUCGCCUCAGGAGCGCAAGAUUCUGCAGGUUUCGCCACCAGGUCCUCGCCGUACCUGUCGCGCCUACAUCGCAUCGCAUCACCAGUUGGAGGCUGUUGCCGGCGGCCCCUCUCGUGUACGUGCGCGCGGUGUGACAAGCACGGGGCUGCUUCGGCGCAAAUUGGGAAGCGCAGUUUGGCCCUUCGUCCAAACAUGCCAGCCAAGUAGGCGCGCCGCUCCCCAAAAGUAACCUCAUCAACGACUGCGACGACCAAGACGCCGCACACUCACGCUACAGCCGCGGAUGGGAGUGCUCCUGUGUACUUGAUCUUCCCGUCAUCUCCGUUCGGAUUGUUUCCUUUUGGGCCCUGGGUUUAGACGCAGUGUUUUAGACGUUUUCUUAUACCCUUACACCACAUCACCCUCCUAAUCGUUGGACGACCAGAGCGCCUGCUCCCCAAGUGCUUCAUCGCCGCGUUGCUGUCCUGGAUAGAGACAGCGAACUCGCAACCCACUACCAGCUCCGCGACGACACCACUUGGGCAAUUUAAAACGACAUAGAGAGCUUGAUUUGAUUCCCUGGAUUCCCCCACAAACGAUAGAGAUAUUCCAAAAUACUCAGUUCUGAUUGCCCCGACGUUCUCACGCCUUCACGUACCAAACCUCGACGUACUUUAGACUGACGUCCACAUUCACCCCUUCUGAAGCGCCGUCGAGACUCGUUACAGACUGCGUACUCGUCGUAUACUGAGUUUCUCACUUUGGGGGACGUACGCAUCGAGUUCCCUCCCUGUCGUCCACGUCCUACGCUAGCCACAUAUACCCCGUGUACUACUAUUGCCCUCUUCCUCGGUCGCCAAGUCUGAUCAUGAGCACCGGUUCCCUCAGGUCCGGCCGCUCAUCGAAGCUCGGCCCGCCUGCCACGACCGGCCAAAAUUCUCUUCUGGAAAAAGUUAACGCACGAACCUCGACGCCAGAUUCUGAAGCUUUGGCGAGCUCUGACGACGAGAGCGAACAACGGCCUGACACUUCUCAAACCUCCAACAGCUCUCAGCCGCCCAGGCCAGUCCGUCGGUCUUCGUGGCUCAACGAUACUACCUCACAGCCUCUGCCUCGCCCUCGCAAGGGCUCGUUUGCGAGCAGCUCGAUGUCUCCAACGGGUUCACACCCUAGCACCCCAUCCGCCGAGAGCGGCAACGUUCCCUGGGGCUCACACUCCACUUCCUCUGUGAUGGGACGCAGCUCCGGCGCGUCUACCUUCUCAUGGGGAACCGGAAUAUGGAAUGACCGCAAGGAUGUGCCUUCGCGGCUCACAGAGGUGUUACCGUCGCCGACUUCGACUGUACCUCCAGGAGGCGGUGGCUCCUCAUUCUUUGGGCCCGACGCUGGCAUGGCGCAGCCCUCUACCUCUGGACGUGAUCCGAAUCCCAAUUCGCAGAUACCCUUCGCCAUUCCUCUGCACCCGACCCCGAAAACAUAUCGUUCUCAGUCCUACUCGGUCGGACAGCUGGAGCCGGACAAUGCUGUGCCAGCGUCCAUGACUUCAUCAACUGUCUUGGGUCGUGCUCGCCACUCCGCUCUGCAACAUCGGCCAUCUCGGCCGAGCAUGCUGAGCGAAAUGGCGAACGAUGGCUCCGUCUUAGGAAAGGUCAAGGAGGUGGAGGAUGAUGAUGACGAGAGCUCGACAGACUCCAUGCAAGGAUCAUUCCACCAGAUGUCGGAUUCAAACAAGAUCGAAAUGCUGGCGCGCGAGAACGCCAUGCUCCGCCAGCAACAGCAACAGUAUACUAAUCGUCUUCGGCCGCGCGCCUCGACAGGGGCGGGCUACCUUGGGAACGGCUAUCCGCUACGCGAGGCCGUGCCCGAGGAGUCUGACUAUGCCAUUGACGAGUUGGACGAAGCUGGGGACUCGACCUAUCCGUUCGGUAGACGUUCCGCAGCCCGUCGCAUGAGCGAAUAUGGCGGCGGCGGCGGCGGCGGCUUCCGGGCGCCCCUCGGCAUGGAAAACCGCAAGGACAGCAUGAAUCUCAAGAAGGCACUCUGGUCUAGCACGCCUAGCUACUUCACUGGCGAUAUAUCUCAGAGUCGUCGCCACUCCUUCGCCAAUAUGCCCACACGUCAGGGUUCAAUAAGUUCAAUCGCCGACUCGGUUUCGACCCUGGAUGCGAACCCCGCCGAUGGCCAGCAAUCGCAAGGUUUUGUCCCUGGCUUCCCCGAGGGACCCGGCUUCCCCGGCUCUACGAGCAAUCCAGCGUUGUAUGGUGCCGGCGUCGGUGCCAUGCAGACUCCGUUCGGCAACCCCUACGCUUCAUCUUUUGGUCUCCAGAACCAGUUCCACAACAGAGCCCCGUCACCGCACCGCAAUGUCUACAGCAUGGCCCAGCCGAGGCACAACCAGCUCCUCCACGUCGUCCUCUUCAAGUGUGCCAGGGCCGAUGUAUUCUACAUACAGGAAGGCACUGGACUGACGGUGAAGCCAGGUGACCUGGUCAUUGUUGAGGCUGAUCGGGGGACAGACCUCGGCACCGUAGCCAAGGACAACGUUGACUGGCAGACAGCCAAGGAAAUGAAGGAGCAUUAUGCUGAGGAGCAUUAUAAGUGGCUCAUGAUGUACUCGCAAGGUGCCGCGGCGGCCAAUGAGGGGAGUGGUGCCGGUCUGCUGGCCUCCUCCAACGGCCUCCAGGGUAGCGCCAUCGGCGGGAUGGGCCCCCCAAGCCAGCAUCACGUUCAAGAGCCGAAUGCCGGCGAGCUCCGUCCAAAGCUCAUCAAGCGCCUUGCACAAAACCACGAAAUCCACGCACUACGCGACAAGGAAGGUCAGGAGGCAAAGGCCAAGCGAGUCUGCAUGCAGAAGGUGAAGGAACAUGGCCUCAACAUGGAGAUCCUCGAUGCCGAGUUCCAAAUGGAUUGGAAAAAGCUCACUUUCUACUACUUUGCCGACUCAUACAUCAAUUUCAACUCUCUUGUAACUGAUCUCUUCAAGAUUUACAAGACUCGAAUCUGGAUGUCGGCUAUCAACCCCGCGUCUUUCGCCAGCCCUACUCUGGGCAUCCAAGCGCCCAGUGGUGUUGGGCCAGGUGCCGUGGGCGCAGGACGAGGACCCGGCAGCGGAGAGCGUCGCCAGCAAAACCAGCAGGCCCAGGAACAGUCGUCACAAGCUUUCGGCCAAGCACCACAGGUGGCUCGCGGCUUUCGUCCGGCUUUCUCUCAGCCGUUUGGCGGAGACAGGCAAGGGCCUCCAGCCACUGCCUAUCCUACUGCGAACUAUGCUUUUGGUGGAGGUGGCGCCUUCGGCAACGCUCGAAGCAACCCAGCGUAUGCCCCUAGUCUAUCUCCAGGCCUAGAGGGAUUCCCCAACGCAGGCUUCCAGCAGCCGGUGGACCUCCAAUCGGUUCGCCAGCGGCUUCCCGGGGGACAGACGAUCCCCAGUCCAACACCUCAUGGCCACGGCGCGUCACCAAUCUCUCAUCAAAACGACUGGGCUUCGGCAUUCCAGGGUCUGUCCUUGAAUACGCACUAGAUUGCCCUGAAAAACAUUUGCUUUCAGAGGUGGUCCAAGCCCACCUUUUCCCCUCUUAUCUUUUUUCAGUCGGCGUUGCGACUACGACUGCUAUUCAAGUAAAGAGUUUUCCCUGCAUUUGCGUGCCGGUCUGCCAGACAGACUCCCUGGCGCGGGUCGGCCUUCCGACCAGAACAUUUGCCUAUGUGGGCCGGCGUCCGCCACCACACACACUCCUUUGACCGUCCCAAACAUUUAGGGAAACGGGUUGUUUUCUUGAUUUACCUUUUGCUUCAGUCGGUUCUUUUUUCAUGACCUGUCAUUCGUUUUUUUUCCAUUCAAGAUUGUUAGGGCUGCGAUACGGCUCAAUGACACAAGACUGGGGAUUGGGGUUCAGGAAGACAGAGGACGUAUCGAUUGCUUACUUCCAACGGCUGAGAAUUAUAGACAGAGGCUUGAGUAUACAAACAUGAGAACGCUGUAACUAAUACGCAACCAAAAGGGAUACGGCUUGGGUAUGGCUAAAGUCAUGUAUGACAAAAGAUUUCGUUCUAGUCUUCUUCCAUGCGUGUUCUGGGACUGGGACUGCACUAAUUGGGCCUUGGGACGGCCUUGUUCAAGAG